UUUUUCGGAAUUAUCGAAUUAUAAUUACAAAAUGCGAUUAGGCAGACACACCUAAUGGCAUACCUUUACGGAACGUAUUUCAUUCUGCUUUUUAAUUUCCAACGUCAGUCGAGGCUGUUCAAUCUUUAUAACGGUAGUCACGUUGAAACAAUACCUGCUUACGAUGGCCCGAUAUUCUAAAAAUGUGUACGUAUCAUUACUGGUUGUUGUUCGAUAAUCCAAAAGUCCAGUGAGUGGAGAGAGUGAUGAGAGCAAUUUUGCCAGUUGAGUUAUAAAGUAAAAAAUUUGUGCCGGUGAUGAACAAUUGUGAAUAUUUUAAUUAUUUCGACAAAAAGUAGGCAUUUUCAAUUAAAAACUAGGGAAAAUUCUUUUGCUGUAAUUUACUGAGCAAAAUUUCGUGGGAAAGUUAUCGUACACAUCUAAUAUUUCGACAAAUGCGACAAUAAUAAAUAAAUUUUUAUUUUACGUUUUUUGCUGUUGUGACUUUCAUCAUUUCACUUUAACUAGUUAUUUGUUUGUAUAUAUUCAACACAAAAUUAAUUACAAGGAAACAGAUUUUGUGAUGUCUCAACAUUUUUAAGAAGUAUUCGCAGUAUCGUUUUGUAAUGUGCGGGAAGAUGAGGGAUGACUCCGCAAAGAAUAGUUUACAAUUUUCCGUCAAGAAAAGGGCCGAUCAGUGGGAGAACGAAGUAAUGACCAACAAUGUACCCCCCGACAAGCAUGUUCCGUUGACCUAUGGAGAUCGAUUUAUACCUCGCCGAUUUUUGCUGUCUUCAUGCGAAAAAAAUCUGAAAUUGGCAGUUGGUCAUCCUUCACGGGAUGUGCUACAACUAUGCACGAGUAUAAACUACUGGAGAGAAAAUGCAUUUAUACCUAUGAUGAAUGUUAUUAACGAAAUGAAUAGCGGUCGCAUAUACAGCCUUGUGGAUCCAGCUAUUAUAUCCUCUGUUUCAACAGCUAGUUUAAAAAUUAGGGUACGGGAUCCCGGUAAAAUAGGCUUGGAUUGGCCAUGCAAACCUCGAGCUAAGCCCUGCGCCUAUUCAGACAUAACAUUUGAUCUACCGGACUAUAAUACGAGUUGUGAACAGAAUCUUGUCGACUGGUCGAUGAGAGGUCAAAUUGCCCUGUCGUUUGGUCAAGACAUAAUCAUUUGGCAGAGUAAGGAUGAUAUCACUAUGGCAUUCAAUAUCCAGAGUCCGAGAUCACUGUCAUAUAGCCCUUCGGGAGAAUUGCUUGCUAUUGGCUGUAAAUGUAUUAACUUUCCAGCUUUGGAACUGUGGGAUGUGGCCCGAACGGAUGAUUUCUCCAUACUUAGUGGCAAAGUAUUUCACAUUAAGUACGGUGACGUACUUUGCAUUGAAUGGGAUAUAUCCGGUACUCAGUUAGUCUGCGGCACUAGGUUUGGUACAAUAUACGUUUUAACUGUCCCCGAACUCAAAACUAUAAGGAAAUUACAAAAACACCAGCUUCCCAUAACCAUGAUACGGUUUUCGCCAACCAUGCGUUAUUUAGCCACAGGUGAUGCUGAGGGUAACAUAGUGAUUUAUAAUUGGAACAUGUGUACCGAAUAUCUCUCCCUAAAAUCGAGACGAAAGUUAAAUGCUGUGUUCGAUUGGCACCCAUGGACGGGCGUUGACUUGGCGAUUUCUGAAGAUGUUCCUGCUUCGAUUGUACUAUUACAUGUUCCAAGCAAGAAGAUAGUGGCAUAUUACCAACAAAGUGGAAAGCAAUUCGCCAUUAAUUCGAUAUCCUUUAGCAAAAUCACUGGAGAGUUAUUGGUCAGCACUUCUAGUCAAGAUGGAGCUCUGUGUAAUGAUUAUAAGGUAUUGGUUAUGUCUUCGCUAGACCGAAUUGUCGACAUACUGAGAAUUCCCGACGGCGGAGCUAGAUUUCUAACAUGGAGUCCUGAUGGAACUCGAGUUGCAACGACCGGAAGUGAUGAAACCCUUACGAUGUGGAAAUUUUGCCCUACAAGGUGUCCAAACUAUUUUAAGCGGUUGAAUGGCCCCAAAGAGACUAGCACUAUAGAAAAUAAAUAUGGGAAUCAAUUUCGCAAAUGGCAUAAUAUAAAAUAAUUGUAAAAGUAUAACGUUCUAUUUAUUAUCGAUAUUAUUGUUUGCAAUAAAAUAUGUUAUAUUCACUUA